CUUGUCGGCUGGCCCAGACGGCAAUUAGCACCCGUCCGCCACGCCAGUUCUCCCGUGCCCUUCCCCCUUCCACUGCACGGCAAGUUGUUGUUGACAUCAUCGGAUAGAGAGCACUAGUCAGUACCCUGGCGCCAGAAAACCCCCUCCGAAGUCCAUCAUCGGCGACAUUGAGGAAAGAGAUAAUCGAGUGCAACAGCAAGAGCAAUAUCAACAGACAUACACACGUUAGCAGCAAUCAGCUUGGAGAUAGCAAUUAGCAGCCUGGAAAGACACAAAGUACACAUAGAAAGAUGGGUAUCAACAAUCCAAUCCCAAGAUCCUUGAAGAGCGAGUCCAUCAAGGCGGCAAAGGUGCUUGCGUCAUUCAUCAAGCCGAACCAGGUUCUGGGUGCCGACGAGAUCAUCCCGCACGAAGUCCUCUUGAACGCCAAGGGCCUAGCGGUUAUCACCGUCUUAAAGGCCGGGUUCUUGUUUUCAGGACGUGCCGGGUCCGGUAUCGUUGUCGCAAGACUGCCCGACGGCUCAUGGUCCCCGCCCUCCGCUAUCGUCACGGCCGGCGCCGGUGUCGGUGGCCAAGUCGGAGCAGAGUUGACGGACUUCGUCUUCAUCUUGAACACAGAGGCCGCUGUCGAGUCGUUUGCACAGUACGGUUCCGUCACGUUGGGAGGUAACAUCUCCGUCGCAGCAGGCCCAUUGGGCCGGAACGCCGAGGUGGCGGGGAAUGCCUCCACCAGAAACGUUGCUGCUAUCUUCUCAUACUCGAAGACAAAGGGUCUUUUCGCCGGUGUUUCUCUCGAAGGUUCAGCAAUUGUAGAAAGAAGAGAAGCAAACAGAAAGUUCUACGGUGACAUGUGCAAGGCAAGAUACAUUCUAAGCGGCCGUGUUGCUCCACCCCCAGCAUGCGAGCCAUUGAUGAGAAUUUUAGAUUCUCGGGCCUUCAGCCGUUUAGGUCCAGAUGACUACGAUGAUGAAGACUAUUACGACGACAUUCCUUCCACCUUCAGCUCAGAUGACGACAGUUACAUGUCCUCUAAUCAAAGAAGAAACAUGGGCCGCUCAGGUGCAAGAAGACGCAAUGACGAUUACGACGAUGACGAUUAUAGCGACGAUUCCGCUGGAGCUUACUACAAAAGGGACAGAGCCCGUCAUACAAGGGGCGCCUCUUGGGAAGAUGAGGUGUUUGACAAUGAUUCAGGACGUGCAUCCUCCAGCCGCAGAGACGAUAGUGGUGAUAGAGUUUAUGACAGAGGUAGCAGUAGAGCUGUCAGUGGCGAUAGAGGUUACGACAGAGCCGAAAGAAGCUAUGAUAGAUCAGAUAAAGGUUACAGGCCAUCGGAUGACAAGCCAGACUUUGGAAGAAGAGCUGCAUCAUCAGGGUCAAAGAACAAGGCGGUUGCGCUGUAUUCAUUUGCAGGACAACAAGAUGGCGACCUACCUUUCAAAAAAGGUGACGUCAUCACAAUCAUCCAAAAAUCCAAUUCUACGGAUGAUUGGUGGACUGGAAGAAUCGGUAAUGUUGAGGGUAUAUUCCCUGCAAACUAUGUAGACUUAGUUUGAUUUUGAAUCUUGCUAAAUCAAGCUCCAAAAAAACAGUUUUACCAGUUUCAUCUCUCUUUGUAUUUCUUCUUACCUUCCUCUUCUCAAAUGGUUUUAAUUAAAUUGUACUUACUAUUACCACUUUCUUAUACUUCUUACAUCCUCUCCUUAAUCUGUUUACCAAAGCGUUCUUGUUCACAUCUAGCUUUAAAUUACUUUUCGAUCAAUUCCUAAACACUUAAUCUAUAUAUCUUCUGCAAAAUUCAAAUUCGUCAUCUCAGACGAAUUUCACCGG